AUGAAAGCUACUAUCCUCUACACCUAUGUUGCUCUUAUGGGCAUGGCAAGCGCCCAACAAGCCUGUGAAGAAGGCAAACGCGUCACCAUCAGCCCUGGCUACACUGUUGAGUUCAAAUGCGGCAAGUACCGCCUUGGCCAGCCUUACAACAACGUUCUCAGUCACGAAGACUGCGCCGCCAAGUGCCAGGCUGCUAAUAUUGACGUCUGUACCUACCACGCGGGACAGAAGAAGUGCAUUGUCGGCGACCCUAACGGCAGGGAAGGUACAAGCACUGGCGCCACCUACAUGGUUAGGGUCCCGGAAGAGCCCGAGGAUCCUUUCCCUGAGGAGGAGGAGGAUCCCUUUAAGGAGACCUGCGAGGAAGAGAAGGACAGAUUUAAGACUGAGCUGGACAAAUGCCAUGCCGACCUCGAGGCGGGUUCAAAGACACCACCAUCCUGUGCGGUUGACACAUGGGGCCAAGGCUACUAUCUAUAUUUGCAGGGAGUGAACCUCAGCGACUGCAAACAGAGAUGUAAGAACGACAGCAGAUGUCUGGCGUACAGCGCCAGAAAGGCUUCAGGCUGGAGUAAUUGCUACCUUUACGACAAGGAGACUGCAGACGUGCCUCAUUCAGCAUAUCCAGAAUGGGUCCAGUACGACAAGCGUUGCGGUUAG